AUGACUGCAGUUGAAGUCGGGGGAUAUUUGGCUCGGUACUUGGCGCAUGAAAGCCCGUUCAAGGACGCGUACUAUCUCAGUCAGAUUGUGCUACUUACCCUAGCGCCAAUCUUUAUCUGCGCGAGCAUCUACAUUUGUUUGGGUCGGAUCAUCUCUGUAUAUGGAAAGCAUAUAUCUCGCUUACCCCCAGUCUGGUACACUAUCAUUUUUGUGACCUGCGAUGUCAUCUCUCUCGCUCUGCAAGGUAAAUACUUCUGGGUAUGUUCCAAGAGCCGGUGGCGGUAUAACUUCAUCAGCAGAGACAACAGACGACAAGAUAUGGGAAUUCGCAUCAUGCUAGGCGGCUUGGUAUUUCAGGUGGUCACCCUGGCAAUUUUCUCUGCUCUUUGCCUUGAAUUCGGGUGGCGUGUCCGGACCCGGGCGGCCACACUGAAUGCCAAUACAUACCAGAUUAGGCAGCGCUGGCAGUGGAAAGCAUUUCUUGUUGGUCUGGCACUAGCUUUACUCCUCGUAAUAAUUCGUUCUGUCUACCGUAUUGCGGAAAUGUCUGGUGGCUACGACGGCAGUCUUAUGAAAGACCAAUGGACGUUUCUCAUUUUCGAGGGAAUAUGCAUGAUGAUUGCGACCAGCUUGAUAUUAGCGUUCCAUCCAGGUCCAGGGUUUGGUGGUGUCUGGUCAGCAGCGAAAGUCAAGAUCGGAUCUAAAGGUGAUCGCGUGUCGUUGUCGGAGCUGGUGGCGAGUGACGAUGUUGAGAGGUGA